UUUGGUUUAUAGUCCCUUUGAACUGUUACAAUUUGGAACGUUUGGCACCAACGAAGCGCGGGUGCAAGUUAAGCGCGAACCCUAACGCCUGUUCGUGUCUCUCCCUCUCUUCUACCUUGUUCAAGCAUUGCAGAGUCGGUGAAUGUGUGGUGAGGAUGGGGUCAAGAGACGAGGUUGUGGAAAUUGAGAGCUUGGAGAGGGGCUUGCUCUCUGAUAAUGGUACCCGAGAAGAAGCAGAUAAGGAUGACACAGUUUUAUAUGCUGCAACCUUUGAAGCAAUGGAAGAAAAAUUUGUGAAGUAUCAAACAGCCCAGUGGGUCUUAUAUUCGUUGCUACUGGUCUUGGCUUGGGGCAUUGGCUUGUUUAUGCUGUUAUAUUUACCAGUUCGCAGAUAUAUACUGCGUAAAGACAUUAGGUCAAGGAAGCUCUAUCUCACUCCAAAUGCCAUAGUGUACAAAGUUACAAAGCCAGUGCCAUUUCCAUGUUUUGGGAUGUUAAAGAAGGAAAAGUAUGUUUUGUUGCCUUUGGUAGCGGAUAUUGUAAUUGAGCAAGGAUAUUUGCAGUCGCUUUUUGGUGUGUACUCUCUUAGAAUCGAGAAUGCUGGAGUAAGGAGGCCUGCUAGUGAUGACGUUCAAAUUUUAGGCAUUGCAGAUCCCCGUGCUUUCAGGAAGGCUGUUUUGGCACACCUUUCCAACAUCAGAAGUGAGGUUCUCUCUAGACAAACUUCCACAGUUGAAGAGUUUCUGAAUUUGAGGAUGGGUCAUCCAUCACCAGCUUGGGUAUCACCCUCAAAAUCUUUCGGACAUAAUCCAUCUUCUAGUUCUGGAGAUCUAAUAAUUCAAAAACUAGAGGAGGUUGGAAGUUCCAUUAAGAGGGUUGAAGCUUUAAUUGGAGAACAUCAUCCCCAAUCAUCUGAACCCGUGGAUUAAGGAUAAGAAGCUAGGAAUAUGUGUUUCCAAACCUAUUCAAUUUCCUUUCGGAGCUGCCGAGUUAUCACACGCACCACAAUGGAAAUUGCAAAUUCAAGUUCUGGUGAUUGAAGUAAAAUGAAAUAUUGUGGUUAGUUUCUUAAGUAAAUAUAGAUCCCAUUUACUAUCAUAGAGUUGCAAAUGUUGGUUGACAUUAGCUCUUGUAUACGUUAAUCUACACGGCAGCCGACAGAUGUCCCCAUUUAUGAUUUAUUUGCCCACUCCCUUCCCAUUUGUGCAUGGCAAUUGUGUUAUUAAUAGGUUUCAUUAUGUUUA